GUUUAAUUCAUUUGCGCGCUGGCCUUUUAACACCAAGGUAUACUAGUGCACAUCAUGGUCAAACUCAACACUACGUAGUACACAGUUCAUAUGCUUGGACAGACCAAAUUCUUGCCUUUGUCACGCCUGAGCUCUUGACGCAGCCCAGAAAAAUGUCCUUAUUUAAAUCCUUUUGAACGAACAGCAAAUAAGAUCUGUAUUGUCGUGAGUACAUGUACCGAGAUCCGGAUGUAUGCUCCGGGCGAAGAUCUGGCCGGCUGUGGCUGGUGGGUCCAGAUGGGCAUCGCAUCGUGGCUAAAGCCUCUGCUGACGCCACGCUUCUCACCUCCAGUCUUAUCAUCCGUCAUGAAACCAGAGCUUCCCAGCUGUUAAACUCUACACAUCGCCAAAAUGUCUGCAUCACUUGCGCCAGAGUGCAACGACGUCAAGGAGCGCUAUGACACAUGCUUCUUGAAGUGGUACAGUGAGAAAUACCUCAGAGGCUCUGAUCGCGAGAAUCAAGAUUGCGCCGAGCUUUUCAAAAACUACCAGAGCUGCCUCAAGGUGGCUCUCAACGAGAGAGGUAUCAACAAACUUGUCGAAGAAGCUCGAGAGGACAAUAAAGACAAUGAUGUCCGCUUACUGAGCCCUCCGAAAAAGUAAUUGUGCUUAUUUUGUCCGGCGUUGGCGCCAAGCUUGGAGUUGGGUCACUUGGGUGAUAUUAUUAUUCAGUGAGGCUGAGUUUCUCACUGACAGGCAUGUUAGCAUCGUAUUCAGACCCCCAUAGAUAUUCUCUCCUCAUAUAAACUUUCUUG